GCGGGGCGGGCCGGGCCCGGGAUGACUCAGCCGCCGGGCGCUGCCCCUUCCGCGGCCGCCGGGGGAGCGCGGAGCCGGUGGGGGCCGUGCGGGGCGGUGGAGUGUCCCGUUCUGUAGCCAAGAUGUGGCCGUCCGUGUCCAUCCUGUGUGUCCUGGUGGCCUUCGCUAAUGCUCGCAGCAUUCCUUACUACCCUCCUCUCUCCAGCGACUUGGUCAACCACAUAAACAAGCUCAACACCACCUGGAAGGCAGGGCACAACUUCCACAACACUGACAUGAGCUAUGUGAAGAAGCUCUGCGGCACCUUCCUGGGUGGGCCCAAGCUUCCCGAGAGGGUAGAUUUUGCUGCAGACAUGGAGCUGCCCGAUAACUUUGACGCGCGGACGCAGUGGCCUAACUGUCCUACCAUCAAUGAGAUAAGAGACCAGGGCUCUUGUGGCUCUUGCUGGGCUUUUGGUGCCGUAGAAGCGAUUUCAGACAGAAUCUGCGUUCACACAAACGCCAGGGUGAGCGUGGAGGUCUCGGCAGAGGACUUGCUGUCGUGCUGCGGCUUCGAGUGCGGCAUGGGGUGCAACGGUGGUUACCCCUCCGGCGCGUGGAGGUACUGGACAGAGAGGGGCCUCGUGUCUGGGGGUCUCUACGAUUCCCAUGUGGGCUGCCGUCCCUACUCCAUCCCACCCUGUGAGCACCAUGUCAACGGCUCCCGGCCGCCGUGCACCGGGGAGGGGGGGGAAACCCCCAGGUGCAGCCGGCACUGCGAGCCUGGCUACUCCCCCUCGUACAAGGAGGACAAGCACUACGGCAUCACAUCCUAUGGUGUCCCUCACAGCGAGAAGGAAAUCAUGGCUGAGAUCUACAAGAACGGCCCGGUGGAAGGAGCCUUUAUUGUCUAUGAGGACUUCCUGAUGUACAAGUCUGGGGUCUACCAGCACGUGUCCGGCGAGCAGGUUGGAGGCCACGCGAUCCGGAUCCUGGGCUGGGGGGUGGACAACGGCACUCCGUACUGGCUGGCCGCCAACUCCUGGAACACCGACUGGGGGGACAAUGGCUUCUUCAAAAUUCUCCGAGGAGAGGACCACUGCGGCAUCGAGUCCGAGAUCGUGGCUGGCAUCCCCAGUACGGAGCAGUACUGGAAGAGGGUGUAACCCUCUUGAUCAAACCACAAGUAAUCCUGAGUCCCUGAUACUUUUAACUGAUAGUGGGUUGGGUGCAGAACCCCCCCCCCUUCUAAGAGACUAUAGUUGAGGUUACUUUAUUAAAGCUUUUUAUCUUUUUUUUUUUUUUUUUUUUUUUUUUUAAUUGUGUGGUGGAGCUGGAGGUGGAACUGCUCUCUGCAAGCCCUCUGCUCCUGGUGGGUUGCAGCUAUGGGGCAUUCCCUGCUCAAAGGACUGCUGGAGGGCUCGCUGGCCUCUUGUGCCAUGGUAUUUGGUUAGCCUGGACCCCUUCCAGCCCAGUCUGUUACUGGGAGGGUAGGAAGCAGUAGCUUUGUGCUGGGACGAGGGACUUGGUGGGGCAGCGGAGAUGGAUCUUGCUGGGAAGCCGUGGCCAGGGGUGAUUGUGCACCCCUGGCCGGGUUGGUCUGACUGUUAGCGCCUAAAAUAAGCAGGGUAUGUUAGCGUGUGCCUUGAAUUGGCUGAACUUAGACCUAUUAAUGACAAAACACCGAUGAACUUCAUGUGGGGCUGGCUCUGGCCGGAGCUGCGAUAAUGCCCCUUCCUGCCUGCAAGAAGUCCUUUGUGCAUCGCUUGCUCUGCUCCAUCCAUUCGUCUGCUUUUAAAACCACUCGUUCAUCAGCUGUUUAUUUGCUUUUUUUUCUGCUGUAGCCUGGGGUUAUUGAUCCUAGGAGAGGGCCCGCCUGGAGCUCCACAAGCCUUUGAUCAAAUCUAGGAGGACGCUGGAAAGUGCAAAUCACUUUUUUUCAUCCGUGGUGGGGCAGCUUGGUGCGUGCAGUGGGUCGUGCCUUGGCAAGGGUGCUGCAUCUUAACUGGUGUGGUGCUUGGGGACUGCAGGUGCUGAACGCUGAGCAGAGGUGAGGGACGUUCCCCAGGUCUGCUGCAGGGAGCUCACGCAGAUGCUUGGAGGUAUCUCACUAACUUGCACACAACUGAAGCUUUUUUUAUUUUCGAGCCACAGACAUUAAGGAAGAAGAAAAGAAUUGUUAUUUUUCUUACUGGGGGGAUGUGCGAUAGUUGCGUAGGAGGAAUCGUAUGAUUUGCCAACACUAAUAGAGCGAAAGAGCUUUUUUUUAAAUUUUAUUUUAAAGCACAAAAUAUAUUGCUGAGCUGAGGCUACGGGCCUGAAAUGCGUGAAGCAGGCUCUCCUUUGCACUGUAAAAUAGCCCCUUACCUCUGCUUACUCAGACUCCAGUGAGACAGAGCUGUGGUGUAUAUGAUUGGAACAACUGUGCCAAUAAAUGAUUUCUCCGGUG